AAUUAGCCUUCACCUUGGAUUGCAUUCUCGCGUCACUGUUCUGAGCGUUCGUUGAAAGCUAGAAGCUUAGCAAUGAGGACCUAGGGACUGAGGAACAGAAGGCCUUCGCAUAUUUCUUCGAUGUGGGACUCCUGAUCCUGUUACAACUUUGAAAGAAGGGCAGAGCAAGCAUAUUAGCGGUGGCCACGCGGGCAUACACGUGCAAUCGCGAGAGGCUUUUGUUCUGAUUCUUAACAUUCUUUUCUAGAAACUAUAAUUUACACGCGUUGCAAUCAACCAAUUACAUUCCUCAGAUUGCCCAUUAAUUUUUUUCCUUUCCCUUUUUUUUUUUGCCUAAUUUAUAUAAUAUUGCCUUUUGAAAAAUUUUGAGUCAUCUGAAAUUGUUUCCGUCUCAAGCUUUUGGCAAUGGAGAACAUUCUUGGUCUUCUUAGGAUUCGGGUGAGAAGAGGGGUAAAUCUAGCAGUUCGUGAUCAUGGUGGUAGCGAUCCUUAUGUGGUCGUCACCUCGGGACACCAGAAACUGAAGACUCGAACGGAGAAAAAUAACUCCAACCCUGAAUGGAAUGAUGAAUUAACUCUUUCCAUCACAGAUUUGAAUGUUCCAAUAAAAUUAGAAGUUUUUGACAAAGACACAUUCACUGAGGAUGACAAGAUGGGCGAUGCAGAAAUUGACAUCAAACCAUAUAUAGAGAUUCUUAAGAUGGGCCUGCAAAAUCUCCCAAAUGGCUGUGUAGUAAAAAAAGUUCCUCCAAAAGUGGACAACUGCCUUGCUGACGAGAGCCAUAUCAUUUGGAACAAUGGCGAAAUCACCCAGGACAUGCAUCUCAGAUUGAGAAAUGUAGAGUGUGGUGAAGUGGAGGUUCAAAUUAAGUGGAUCAAUGUUCCAGGUAGCAAGGGAUUGGAAAUUGAAGGUAGCAGCUAAACAUGUUGAUCUGCUCAUACUUUAUGAUGUAUGUAUAUAUUCAAGCUUCAGGACCUUGCUUGAAAUGAGAUUUAGCAACUUUAAUAAACACAAAGAGAUGUUUAGCUAUUUAUGCUCCUAUGUAAUAGUGAGAAUCAUGUAGUGCAUAAUGUGUGGGCACAUGUGUAUUUGGUUCCUAUUUACCUCUCAGUUUUUCUGCAA